AUGGAUCCGGAGCAAAUUCUACUUGACACUAAUGAUUUCGAGGAUGGUUCGGAUUACGGCGAUUAUGAGUUCAUACAGGACCAGGAUGCACUGUCGCUAAAUGUUCCGCUUGAAUCGAUUCUGGACCCAUCGUCAACGGCACCGAUCUCGGGCCAAUCGUCCCCGAACGAAGAGUCUUUGGCGAUAGCGCAGAAUCUGGAUGAUCAGACGACUGUUGGCGAUAGUGGCAAUAACAGCAAGGAACCGCUCCGUGUUACCUCACAGCCGAAACUCCCUCAUCAAAAACUAACGAUCAAAACGAUCAUCCUUAGCGCGGGUUCGUCGUCUUCUUCAUCUUCGGUGACCGGUGGUGGUCCGGUGUCCGGUGGUACGUCUUUGGUUACGCUUAACAGUGGGACAGCUUCGUCUUCCUCGUCGAACGCUUCAUCACCUGCCUCCUCGUCCCCGUCGUCCGUAUCGUCACCGGCACCGUUCGGCGGUGGUUCAACGACGACGGUACGGUUUGGGCUAGGCGGUGGUAAACCCUCAGCGGCGGCUUUACGCCGUGGUCCCGGACGACCGAAAAAAGAUUUCAUACCUCUGCUGAAGAUGUCAUCCGGUGGAAAUUCCGGUGCCUCCGGCGGUUCCGCUGGAACGCCCGGGUUCGGCAACACGACGACGAUGAUCAAGCUGAGUGGAGCUACGAUUGCGGCAGCCGCCUCCCUGGGUAGUACAUCACCCUCGCCCGAGAGUAAGAUUGUGAAAAGUCCAAGAACCCCGUUUCCACUGCUUUCUAGAUAUAAAAGUACUAAUGUUGUUCGUGGUGGUAUCCCUAAAAGGAAAGUGGAACCAGCUGCCAUUGCAAUGCACGAUACCACCGUCGCCAACAACACCAUCACCACCGCCACUGCUGCCUCCAUUCCUGCCGCCGGGAUCAGAAGUCCUUCGGGAGGUACCGCAAUGGUACCGCUAUCUUCGCCAAGUUCUGGCGGAGGAUUCGGUUCACUGCUAUCCUCACCGAACGAUGAAGGAGGUGGCGGAGGAGCCAGCACGGCAAACAGCUCCGUAGCGUCUACACCGACCGGUGAACUGGAAACGGAUCCGGCGGCUCUCCUAAUGCCCGCUCCGGACGAUAUGCCAUACUUUCCGGAAAAGUAUCCCGGAAAGUUGUGCAUUCUCUGCAAUCUGGGCGAACGCAGCCAGCUCGGACAGGGCGAAAUGUUACGCAUUGAGAUGACGCUGGCAGCGGAUCAGAUUGCGUCCGCUUUGUCGCAGGAAGAAAAGGCGCAAGCUGGGCCGGGUGAUAGCUUUGGUGAUAAAAGUCCACGAACGGCAAGUUUGUUGGGACCACCGCAUCUGAGCAGCAGCAAGCGACAGAAAGGCUCGAACAAGUGCAAAAAUCCAAUACCAAAUGCCGAGUAUACGGACGAGCUGGAAAAAAUUGGCCACCUAGAGGUGAUGGACACCUCGAUCAGCGAUGGAGGAUAUUUUUACGUUCAUCGUUGCUGUGCGCUUUGGUCGUACGGGGUCGGUAGGGACCCGGUCAGUGGAACGUUAAGCAAUCUGGAGGUGGUGGUGGUACAGAGUGUUAGCAGAAGGUGUCACUUUUGCACACAUUUCGGUGCCAGUUUGUCUUGUAAGAUGUCUUGCCCCAAGUGGUACCACUUUCCGUGUGUGGCUGCAGCCGGCGGUUUCCAGGUCAUACAGACGUACAGCAUCUUCUGCAAGGAGCAUCUGGGACAAGUGCCUUUAGUCUGUACGGAGGACAUCAACUGUCGCCAGUGUUCGGGGCUCGGUGAUGUCGGCAAUCUGAUCAUGUGCUCGAUCUGUGGCGAUCACUAUCACGGCACGUGCGUCGGUUUGGCGCAGCUACCGGGCGUCCGUACCGGGUGGCAGUGUAACUCCUGUAAAAAGUGCCAAAUUUGUCGUGUACCUGACGCGUCCGAGGGUCGCUCGGUGGCAUGCGAACUGUGCGAUAAGAUCUACCAUGCCAGCUGCCUUCGACCGAUCAUGACGUCCAUACCAAAGCUCGGCUGGAAGUGUCGCUGUUGUCGGGUGUGUUCCGACUGUGGCGCCAGGACACCGGGUGCUGGUGCAUCUUCUCGGUGGCAUUCGCACUACACGGUGUGUGAUUCGUGCUAUCAGCAGCGCAACAAAGGCUUUUCGUGUCCGAUCUGUCACCGGGCGUAUCGGGCGGCCGCCCAUCGGGAAAUGGUGAAGUGUAGCGUGUGUUUCAAGUUCGUGCACAGUACGUGCGAUCCGGAUGCGGACUUAACGGUGUACAAUGCACGGAAGGAAGCGAACCCAGAUUAUGAGUAUCUGUGUAAUCCGUGCAAAACGGUGAUUCAUAGUGGCCGUUUGGCGGCAGCCUUGCGUCGCAGUAGCCAGGUAGACGAGGACAGUAUGUCACUGUCACAGGAAAGUCUUAACGACGACGCAAUGGAGGUGGAUGGGUCGGAUGGGCGUGAUGCGGUGCGGGACAGGCUCGAACGAACCGUCGGUUCGAUGGAUGUCGGACUCGGUAAAGGAAAACCGUACGUAGCGAGUAAAAUAGCAAAGAAGCGACUUGGACUAUCGCUUAGCGGAGGUCUUGCCGGAAGUCGACCCAAAGGGCUUGGGAAAGGAUUUCAGAAAAAAUCACGCCUGGCGGACAUUACGCGUAAGCGCAGCUCGAAAGCAAAAAUGCGUGGUAUAUUCGGAGUGCCUGGGUUGGGGCUGCAGCGUCCUACAGCCGACCUGACGCUGACUGCCAAAGUGAACGAGGAAGAACCGGGUGGCGAGAAUCGGUUAGUGUUAUGUUCGGCAAAGGAUAAGUUUGUGCUAACGCAGGACAUUUGUGUGAUGUGUGGUGCAAUCGGGACGGAUCAGGAAGGUUGUCUGAUAUCCUGCACCCAGUGCGGCCAAUGUUACCAUCCGUACUGUACCAAUGUGAAGGUGACGAAGGUGAUCCUGCAGAAGGGUUGGCGUUGUUUGGAUUGUACCAUCUGCGAGGGGUGUGGACAGCGACAUGACGAAGCACGGCUUAUACUGUGCGACGAUUGUGACAUUUCGUACCACAUCUACUGUAUGGAUCCGCCGCUGGAGCACGUGCCGCAGGGUACGUGGAAGUGCAAGUGGUGUGCAAUGUGCCUUAAGUGUGGCGCCAACAGUCCCGGAUUUAACUGUACCUGGAUGAACAGCUACACCGAGUGUGGUCCGUGCGCUAGUCAGCAGAACUGUCCGACGUGUUUCGAGGGCUACGCGGAAGGUGAGCUAAUCAUCCAGUGUCAUCAGUGUGAACGGUGGCUGCAUUGUGGCUGUGAUCAGAUCAAAAACGAAGCCGACGCAGAACGAUGUGCCGAGGAGGGUUACACUUGUAUGGCUUGUCGUCCAGCAGAUCAACCGCCACCGCAUCUGGUUCCGAAGCGAAAAACGUCCACAAUUGGGCCCUUGAUGGUUGCGAAUAUGACCCCAAUCUCGAAAGGGAAUGCCAAAACCGAGGACAAGAUUGCUCCGCUCGCACUCGAGGGCAAUCACUAUCUGGACGGUGUGUGCUUGAGCGAACAUGGCUUAAAUCAAAUAAAAGCACUACAAGCAGAGUUUGGCAAACGAGGCAAACGGAAACCCAAACUACCGCUCGAACCGCAAGCCACGGAAAAGGAUGCCGGCAUACUGGCUGCGAUUGAGUCGGUUGUUGCGGGCAGCAGUCACGAUAAUUCGCUCGAAGAAAUGCGCCUCGAACCGCUCGAUCCGAAGGAAGAAGCCGAAAUUUACAAAGACGGUAUGGUGUGGAAUGAUCCAACACCACCGGAAGGGUUCGCAUUAUUCACCACGGAAAAUGGGACCGUUGUGCUGCGGAAGAAACGGCAGCGUAAUCUGCAAAAACUAGGCAUCGGUGGUUUCUUUGUGCGCAACCGGGGCAUACGGACGAAGGACGGAAAGGAUGAGGAGGAUCUGGUGGACGGGUUGGUGGAGGAUGGCGGCACAACGCCGGAUGGUCUGCCCGGACCGGGAGCAGCUGCAGGUGGUGGAGUAGUAAUCAAACCAAAGAAGAAGCCAAUCCGACGCAAACCGAAGAGCAAGCUGAUUGAAAUCUAUCCCAGCAUACUGCAGGAUGCUUUCUUCGGCCGAACACUGCUCAACUCGAACAUGCCUCAGUUUGAAGCGCCCGCAAGUGACGAUGAUGUACGAAGUGACGUUUCAGACGAUAAGACGGUGAAGCUGUCGGCGGAAGAGUUGAAGUUAUUCGAGGCUGUGAAGAGCAAGGAGGAAGAAAUUGCCAGUCAAGCUGCAAAAGAGCAUCCCGAGCAACCGGGUGUGACCGUUAAAAGUCCUACGAAUGCAACCGCAUUGCCACAAAAACUUGGACAAACUGCAUCAGCAGCGUCACUAUCACAACCACCGGCAAACGUCACGGUUAAUACAGGUAUACCGGGGCCAGCAGCCUCAUCCGCAUCGACAGUUAUGUCUUCCAAUGGAUCGAACCCUCCAGCUACGGUUAACAGCUUUACCUCGAAGGAUACCGCGAACGGUGUGGAUGUGGGAUCAUCUACCACAACCACAGCCAAGAUGGAGGAAGACGACAACAGCGACACGGAAGCGUUGAACGAUGUGUUAGGAUUGCCGAACGAUUUGAUUGAGGAAGAUUUUGUAAAUCAGUUCGAGGAUGAGCUUAUCAAACAUUCCGCAUUCGAUGAACUUACGACCGAUACCGAGCUUACCGAUACGUUGGCAAAAUCGUCCAAAGAUGAGCUGGUGGACAUGUUGAGCCCUCACUUUGAUCUCACCAACAUUAGCCAGAUGGACAGUAAGGUGGUGGAGGAAAUAUUCAAAAACGUUCUUACGGACGAAUCACAGGAAUCUCAGGAAUCCAUGCUGGCCAGCUCUAUGACUCCCUACACAUCCAACACCUCGACACCGUCCCACAGUACCGAUGUGUCGAAAAAGGCUGUCAACACCAGAUACAUUGCACCUGGCGGACAAACGAUGGUACAUCCUGCUCAACCCCAACAUACCAUGCAAGAUCAGCUUCAAUCGCAGCAGCCUCCUCAGCUCCAGGUUCCACAGCAACGACCCUUACAGCAGCAGGUAGUGCUGUCGCAAACGAUUCAGGCUCCAAAUCAGCAGGGUUUGCUCUCCGAGCAGCAACAACCGCCCAUCGGUGCUAUAAUGGGUCAGACGACGCCACAGACGACGCAGCAGAUGGCAAACCCCAUGACUGUUAUGACUCAGUCGCACAUACCGCACCAGUCAGCACCCAUGACUGGUGGACAGAUGAUGAUGCAACAGCAGCAACAAUCUCAACUUCAACCUGGAAGUGGUGGUGUUAUGGCGUCAGGUAUGAUGCAAGGUACGAGCAUAGGGCCCGUAGGUGCACAACAGCAGCAGCAACCGCAAACGAUGCCCAACACAUACUCCAUAAUGUCGGUUCAGCAACAGACUCAGCAACAGAUAUCAUUGCCUGUCGGAUCAGUAGUCGAUGGAAGCUCACCAAGUCAACAACAGCAGCAACAACAGCAGCAGCAGCUAUCUCGAGGGUAUUUUUCUAAUGACUUCCAUUCGCACAGCACAAUGCUUGGUGUAUAUCAAGAUCCAACUCAGAAUCAAGCAACAGGAACUAUAGUGCCCCAAACACAAAUGCAGCAGGCGCCUGUUCAGUGGCCAAAUCAAACGGUACAAUCGGUACAACCCAGUGCAACACCAAUGGAUACUACACCGGCUGGAUCGGCCCCACCAGUGCUCCAGACUGGUCCGACUGGUUCGGGUGGAGUCGGUGAAAUGAUCGGUACAUUGGACGAGACGAAUGUGAAAAGUGCUCAGAAGCUUUCCGAAAAAAUGCGCAAGGACGAAAUGCUAGGAGAUAUGUCAACUAUCUCCUCGGUGUUAUAUUGCAACAUGCGCCAUCCUGAGCUGAAAACGGAAUUCCCCAACUGGAAUGACCGUUGGAAGCAAAUCAGCAAACGGUGGCGCUUGCUAUCGAAUGAGGAAAAGCAACCGUUCUUGCAGCAAGCCCGUGACAAUAGGUCCGCUAGCAAGAUGAAGAAAACGCAACAGGUACCACAAUUAUCACCCAAAGAUGGCAAUAGCAAUAGUUCUGGUACGAUGAACAUUGUUGGCCCAUCGUCCGCAUCUUCUCCCUCUUGUUCCUCAUCAUCGAACAUAUCGGGAUCGCUAACCACGGAAUCGGGUUCAAUCUUAAUCGGUUCGGACCAAACGGUGGCGGCUGGCGGUUUGGUUCAGCAGCAUCAAAUCAGCAUCAGUCAUCAUCAUCAUCCGCAACAGCAGCAGCAGCCGCAACAGCAGCAUCAGCAGCUGCAGCAACAACCUCCUCAGGGUGGCCAUCAACAAACGAUGCAGCAACAGGGGACAUCAUCCCUCGGACAGCAGCAGCAGCAGUUGCUGCACGGCAACAGCACACCGCUACAGUCUCAACUACUUGAGGAUCAAGAUAAAAUAAAUGCUCAACAGAAAAGUAUGCGUGAAGCGGAACAAGAACGGCAAUGGAAACAAUUGCAGCAGCAGCGUGCCCGGGAACAACAAUCGCAACAGCAUUUGUUACUGCCUGAGCAAAGGAUGCAAGGAGGAGAUCCCACCAUACAGCUUCAAGUGUCGACCGAUAUUGGAUCUGCCGGGGUUGGAACGAUGGCUAGUCCGUCGCCAAAUUCGCGCGGACCAUUCGUUUCGCCGGUUAGCAAAAAUCGUAUGGCAACGGCAGUCGGUGGUACGAUGGGAAUGCAGGCACCAUCCAGUCCGGUUGCGGGUAACUUUCAACAUCCGAUGGGUAUGCCGGCCAGAACCCUCCCAGUGCAAAUGCAGCAACAACGGCAAAUACAGGGUCAGGUGGGUGGUUCACCGGUGGUACGAAUGCCUUUGAGUCCUUUUUCACCACAAUCGCAACAGCCGCAAUCGCCGCACGAUAUGAUGCCGGAAUCACCGGCAAGCCAACAUUCCGGCGGUAUGGAUCCAUUCGUUCGGCCACCAUCGGAGGGUAUGUCCGAUACGUACGCAGUGCAUCAUUCGCCUCAAACUCCUCGCCCAUUGGGACAUCAGAGUCCGGUUGCGGGUACGAACCGAAGCCCAGCGUACUCCGGUCCUCAAAUGACUCAGAAUCCAUCCAACGCUCCUCAAGGCAUGCGUAUCAACACGAUGGAUUCUGGUUAUCCUGGAGGUGCGCCGGGUACGCCUAGACCGCAAUUUUCCACCGGAACAUCAAGACCAACGGUAUACGCGCGACCUAGCGAGCUGUUCAAUCUUAUGCAAAAUUCUCCAUUUGCUUCACCACGUUCGGAAGGUUUCGCUCAAUCACCUCAGGAAGGUAAUCGGCAGCUGCGUGAUUUGCUGCAACGGCAACAACUUCCGGCACCGAAUAAUCCUGCCGCUACUGGACCAACUGUUGCUGGUGGGAACUUAAUGCAGCAGAGUGUCGCCCAACAGUCACCACAAUCGGUACAGUCGCCGGGUGGAUUCAUGGAUGAUCAACAACAUCAACAGCAGCAACAGCAGCAGCAGCAGCAGCAGCAGCAGCAGCAGCAUCAACAGCAACAACAGGUACAACAGCAACAGCAACAGGCACAACAACAACAACAAUCAUCACAGAUGCAUCAUCAACAAUCACAGCUACAACAACAGCAGACGGGAAUAGUACAAACCCAGGGAACAGUGAUGCCUUCUAGCCCAACGGAUAUGGGCACCUUCAGACAACCAUUGCCACCAAACAUGAUGGCACGCCCUCGCAUGCCUGGAACGAUGGUUCGCCCAACGGGCAAUAUUGUUCUCGGAGCGAACAAUCAAAUAUUGGUGCGACAGCAAAUUGUCCGUACUGCUGCUGGCACUAAUCAAAUGGUAAUAACACAGCAAGGCUUGUUGCAGCAACAGCAACAACAACAGCAAAACCAGCAACCCGGACAAAUAUUGCGCCAACGCAUGCAACUUGUUGGACAGGCCGGAAACAACGCGCCUGAUGGAACACAGUUCGUUACACCAAAUGGUCAGCUAAUUCAUACCCAACAACAACAGCAACAACAGCAGCAACAGCAGCAACAGCAGCAACAGCAGCAACAGCAGCAGCAGCAGCAGCAGCAACAGCAGCAACAGCAGCAGCAGCAGCAGCACCAGCAGCAACAACAACAACAACAACAACAACAACAACAACAGCAGCAGCAGCAGCAACAACAACAACAUCAAAUGAUGAACCAACAGCAGCAACAAUCCCAAGUACUGACCUCGUCCCAAACUGAUCAGCAGAAUAUUGCUCUUCUAGCGCAACGGCUUGCGGGUGAAGGUGAAGCUCACGUGCCUUCACCAAACAUUGCCCGUGGACCACAAACGCCCCAACAAAGUCAGCAACAAACUGCAGCAGCAGGAGGCCAGCAGCCAGAAGGUUCGUCCGAAAUUCCCGACAGUGUCAGCGCCGAAUUGGAAAAGCUCGAGCAGGAAGAUAAUACCGGUAUGGGAGAGGUGGAAGGUGUUGGCGAUCUGGUGGGGCUGGAGCUGAACGAUGAUGAUGCGGAGCUGCUAGAUUCGCUGACAGCCGAAAUAGGUGACCAUUUCAACAUUCUCGAGUAUGCCGAUCCGGAGCUCGAUACAACGGAUGGAGACAAGUCUAAUCUGCUCGACAGUCUCGAGUUGGACGACGAAGCAAAGGAUGCGGAUGCGAAGACGCGUCAGAAGCAGGGUGAAACUGUGGACGGCACGUUUGAGAAAAUUGAAGUCGCAACGAAACAGGCCGUCGGCGUAACAACGGGGCAAAGAGGUAUACAGCAGGAUCUUUCAAACGCGGCAGCUGUUGGGCAAACUUCGAUGCAGAACAGUACCUUUGUCUCUGUCCAAGGUCAGAUGAUGCAGCAGCACCAUCAACAGCAACAACAACAACAACAAUUUGCACAGCAGCAAAUGCUGACUUCUGUUGCUGGUGGUGGCCCGCAGCAGAAGCUAUCGGCUAAUCAGAUGAAAACGGUGCGUCCGAACAUGAUGGGACAACCUUCGAUGCAACAAAUGCAGCAGCAACAGGUAAAUACUUGUCUUCAACAAGGUGUUGUCGUCGGACAGAAUACGAUGGUUGCAGGACCGAGGAUGAUGACAGCUGAUGGAGCCGGCACUAUAAAGACUGGGUUUAUGAAUCAGCAGCAGCAACAACAACAACAACGCAUGCAACAAUUAAAACAGCUCGGAGCAAAUAGCACCGGUGGUGGUUUGGUGCAGAACAUCAUUCCGACCGGCCAACCAAGGAUGCAGAUGCAGCAAAUGGUUGGUAAUAGAAUUAUACAAACGUCAACUAAUCUGCCGAUGCAGGCGCAGCAACAGCCGCAACUUCAGCCACAACAACAAAUCAACACAGGUAUUGGCAAUCAAACGCAGCUAGCAAUGCAACAGCAACAUCAGCUGCAAGUACAAGGUGUUGUUCAGCAACAACAGCAACAGCAGCAACAAAAUGUGCCUACUGCUGUUGGUCAACCACCGCCUCCACCGUAUCCGGAACCGCCACCACCGUAUCCUGGCAAUCAAUCUGGACCAAGCGUACCGAUCGGUGGUAACCCGAUGCAGGAGCAGCGUCUUUUGUUGGAAGAUAUGGUGGAACAGGAGAAGCGUGAACAAGCCAAUCAGAUGCAACAUUCCGGUGAUAUGCCAUCGAAUCAAGGCAUGAUGAACGAUCAGGACUAUGAUCGAUUGCUUAAUAAUCAGCAAGGUGUUGGGCGUCCGCUGCAACAACAGCAGCAACCUGGUAUGGUUGUUGCUACGCAACAAAACCAAACCCAGCAGCAUCAAUCGCCUACAGUUAUGCAACACCAGCAACAGCUUCAGAUGCAAUCACCCAACAGCGGUCAGUUUAUGAUGCAACAGCAGCAGCAACAAAGAGUGGCCACACAAUGGCGUCCGCUAGCAACAGCCCAAUCAACUCCGAACGCUGGCAUUAACGUAAUGGGUCAACAGCAAACACCGCUUGCUGGCGGUGGUCUUAUCAACCAGAUACCGAAAAAUACAACCGUUUCAAUGACAACAGUUCCAUCGCCAUCAUCAUCGAUAGCGACUGCUGGCGUCCCAUCGCAAAUUGAUUCAACGGCCAAUAAAUCGAUUCCACUGUUCCAGGCAAAUUUGCAACCACCACCACCACAACCGCCGGAAACGAUCAGCACCGAGCAGGAUCGCUUGCUGCAGAUAAAUUACGAAAAUUGGCUUAACCAGCAGAACACAGUGCUUUCCAACCAGUUGAAAUAUUACGAAACGGAAAUCGUGAAACUGCGCAAGGUGAAAAAACAGCUCAACACUAAACAGCGUCAUCUGCGCAAACAGGGCAACGAGCUGACGGAGAAUGAUGCGAAGGAGCUACAGAAAAUUACAGCCGACCAUACUAUCAUACAAAAGCAGUUGGAAAACGCACGUCGCCAGCAAAGGCAACAUUCGGUGAUACUGCAAGAGUACAAAACAAAGCAUCAAUCGAGCAAACCGGUAACAUCCGGUUCCACCACACCGGUUGGAGUUGCUCCGGGCAGUUCACCGGCACAAUCUCUUAUAGCGCCACCGUCUCCGCUAAUGUCCCCCUCGCCUGGCUCACAACAAGGACCACUUUAUCAUCCUCCAGUUCAGUCACCGUUAAGCAAUCCUAUUCUCCAGCCGAACCAAAGUCCACUGCACUCACCCAGUCCGUUGCUUUCUCAUAGCCCUGGGCCAGCAAGCGUAAACUCUUCCGUAUUGCAAAGCCCCGGGGGCAAUCAUACGAACUCGAACAGUGCCAUGUCACCGUACAGCACGAUGCAACCAUCGCCACGCAUCGGAACGCCGCAUUCGCAAAUUGACGAAAAUCCGUUCAGUCCCGGUCCGGGUGGUCCUUCACCGUCGCCAUCUUUGCCCGGGCGGCUUACAUCGCCGGCACCCCGUAUGACUUCACCGCAGCAUCGUAUGGCCGGACAGCAGAUGGUUGUUGGCGGUGCAGGACGCAUGGUACCUAGCCCUGGCAAUCAAUUCAAUCAGCAGGGUAUGAUGAUGCAAAAUGCAAUGAUGAACUCCCAAAUUCCGCAACAGCAGCUUCAGCAGCAACAACAGCAACAGUUGCAGCAAACACGCUUCGUUCGGCCUCAAACGAUACCGAACGAUCCGAGUGUACGGAUGCGUGUUGCGAACAGUAUACAAAUGCAACAACAGCAGCAACAACAACAACAACAACAAAUGAUGGUUCAAAAUCCAAGCAUUCGUCAAGUACAGCCAGGCGCCAUUGGAACUGGCUAUAACUCACCGUUGGGCAGCCCACAGCCAAUCAUGUCACCGGGUGGAGGCAACAACAUGAAUCAGCAACAGCAGCAACAACCAAUGCAACAACAAUCACAGCAAACGAUGGAUCCACGCACAAUGCAGUUUCUACAGCAACAACAGCGUAUGCAACAAAUUCAACAACAACGUCAACAGAUGAUGCAACAACAACAACAACAACAAUCACCUCAACAUGGUGGAUCAGUAGCAGGUACAUUGAUGCAUCAACAACAACAACAACAGCAACCUAAUCAACAACAGAUGCAACUAAUGCAGCAACAACAACAGCAGCAGCAACAAUUACAGAUGCAACAAAUGCAGCAGCAACAACAACAACAGCAGCAGCAGCAGAUGAAUUAUGCGAAGCAGAGUCCGAUACAUCAACAACCACCUUCGCCACUGCUGAGUCACGGUGGUGGUGGCAAUACCCCGACCUCUUCGCCAAUGCCUCAAAGCCCUAUGAUGUAUUACAGCCAACAGCAACCACAACAACAGCAACAGCAGCAACAACAACAACAAGGUCAACAAAUGCAGCAACAACUAAUGCGCCAGCAAUCGAUGGGAAAUUGUGAAAGCUAUCCUAAUACUGCUGGCGGUGCUCCUGGUGGUGGUGGUAUAAAUCAUCCCUCCAAUCCCAUCCCUCUUCCAUUCGGAAAGUUUGGCUACAUCAAGCUCGGUUUACGUGGUGGAUCCCCAAUGUGGGGUAAUGCCCGGGGAAAUAAGCGUACCAAUCCUGUCGCACAAUUUCAGCAACAACAGCUACAGAAGCAACAACAGUUGCAAAAGCAGCAGCAGCAGCAGCAGCAACAACAGCUACAACAAUCAGCUGGAGGAAGUGCUGGAACAUCUGGGACACGAACCCCACAGCAAACCACAAUUGUUGCGUCCGAGGUGAGAAAGCAAUCCGUAAACUCGUCCGGUCCCUUUGCUCAGCAUCGAAAUCGCAUCACUAUUGUACAAAAACCGACCGGUAGUGUUGCAACGCUGAACUCGGUUGUCGGUGUCACCAUGAAGCCGGUCGGUGCGGAACUGGUGGUGAACAGUAGCAGCAGUCCCAAUGUGGAAGAAAUCGUAACUAUCGACAGCAGUCCCGACGAGAAGCAGCAGCGCUUGCUCGAUUACGAUGAUGAUAAUGAUAAGACACUGGUCGGUACGGAAGUGUUACUCAAUUCUGUCGCGCAGCACGGUGUCGAUGGGGAUGAAGCAAUCAUGGAGCCAUUCGGUACCGGAACGCCAUCAUCCGGAUACGAAAUCGUUGGUAGUCCGCUAGAUUCACAGAUAGCGGCGGGUGAAUAUAAUCUCUUCUCGGACGAUGUGGUUGAAUGUGUGGACAGUGAGGACGUUUCCGGUGGGAAGAAGGAUGCUGCACGAACCGUUUCGGUAGAGCUGCUGAUGGAUGCGGUCGACAGUAGCUCCAAGGAUAAACCAUUGUUGGGAAGCUCGGAAAUAGAGAUUGUGGAAAGUUUGGACGAGAGCAGCAUCGGUACGACGGCGGAAGAUUUCGAAGCGAUGAUCGAUAGUCGGCCGAAGGAAAGUACACCGCCGGCCGUUGUUGCGGAUGUGCAAAGCGCGGUCAAAAUGGAGGUGGUGACCAACGCGAAAAAGGAGGAGAAAAUUGUAGAAAAAACUACUACCACUACUCCCAAGAAGGAAGUGACGGUGGUUACCGUGCAGCAGCAACAGCAGCAGACACAACAGCAAAGUGCCAAGUCAAUCUCUUACCCGACUGCACGCAUUUCCAUUCAGCAAUCGUUAAUGCAAAACGUUACCGCCGCACGUCCGAUCGUUGCAGCCGCCCACCAACGAUUGGUGAAGGAUGCAACCGAAUCGACGGCAAAGUUAUCAAUCGGCAACACUACUAUAUCGGUGCCGAUACUGAAAAGCUUCCCAAUGGCGGGCACACCCUCAAAAACGACCGGCACGGAGCAGAACGUUGUCAGCAAGGCGGGAACGCUUGCGACACACACAAAGAAAAUUAUCAACACGUCGGGCGGUCUGUCGAUUAGCAACAUUGGAAAAAAUCCUUCCGGCGGUACGGUGAUCGCUGUGGGGGGACAGAAAAUCAACACCACCAGCAUCGUAACGCUAUCCUCGCUAAACCUUAACCAAACGUCAUCGUUCAUCACGAAAACGUUCGCAAGACCCGGUGGAGCGGUAACGAUACAGCAUCAAAAGCAAAUUCCUGUAGGUUCGCAGAUCAAAAUUCAACAAAGUCAGCCUGCAGGGCUACCACAACAGACGGUAGCUACCACCACCGGUUCCUCGUCAACGACGGGUACAAGCAUGACUUUCGGUGUAGCACAAGCUACCUCAGCACAGCAACCGAUCGAAGGUAUUGUCGUUAAGACAGCCACCAAACCCAAAGCAUCGACCUCCUCGACGAGUCUUAGCUACGCAAAGCUAUCCUCUCUUACCGUAACGCAAGACGUAUCGCUGCCGACUAAAAUCUUUGAAGAUGAUUCCAUCUCUCCCGAUAGUUCGAUCAGCCAGGAAGACACAGAACAGAUGCCGCUGGAUGCGAAACCCGAACUUCCAGCUGUGAACUUGGAAGAUGCUGGAAUUGUGAAAAAUGUUUCCAACGCCGCUCUUGUCGAGUCAGCAGGGCAGGCAGGGCAGGACAAUGCGGCAGCGGCGGAUGUGAACCAAGCAACCGAACCGACCACCGUCAAGGGUAAGCAAAACAUCAUCCCCGUACACGUGAUAGCUAGAUCGCGCGAGAACUCGCGCAGUCCCAUACUGACGAGUGCCACCGGACAACGAAUCGUUUCCUCAAUGCCCCAGCUGUCACCACUCUCGCAACCGAACGAGCUAACGCUCAACGCGAUGAACGUCUCGCAGCAGGUCCGCUCCAUCAUGUCAUCGAUAAGCGUAUCCAAUGCGGCAAAUGUGACGGUCAGCAGUGCCGGAACACCGAGUGUUGUACUGUCCGUAGCACCGUCCGCCCUAACAACGACAUCUGCCGGUGUAGCUACAUCGAACGCACCAACAGUCAGCAACAUAUCCACCAUCACGUUCGACACAAUCCUUCCAUCGAAGGGCGAUAACAUGAGCAAAACGGAAACCAUAGCUAGCAUACUGAAAACGGUGUCGGGAAAAACGAUUUUACCGGCGGCUGCGAUCGCGAACAAUUCGAAUCUAAUUAAAACUUCCGAACAGAGCGGUGGGCCGGCGCUAACGUCGACGACGAUCACGCAAAUACCUAGCACAAAGCUGAUCCCGCAGCAAGUACAACUAAGUCGGCUUCCGCAAACGAUUGGCAGUGGGAACGGUAACUUCCUGGUGGUUAAGCAGCUAAGACCACCGAACAAGCAGACGGGUCAGAACCAUACCCAGAAGCAGCUGGUAGUACUUACCCAGCAGUCACAGGGAGGACAGCAGAUAAAGCUACAAUCGCACCAAGCGCAACAACUGGCGGCUGGCAAUAGUGUCAUCAUACAGAGUCAGCCUGGUAGCUCUGGAGGUGGUAGUUUUGUUAAGAUAUCGGCAACUCCCACCAUUGUGUCUAUGGGUGAACCUUCAAGCAAAUCGAUCACUACUACAACGGUCGAUACCAACAGUACCAGCGGAAUUGCCAAUAUACUCAGCAAUGCAAACCAGCAACAGAAAACACUAACUACAGCACAACAACAACAACAACAACAACAACAACAACAGCAGCAGCAGAUACAAGGAUCCGCUGGUCAGCAGAUAAUGUGCACCAGCCAAGGUCAGACGCGUAUCGUGAACCUUGGCACCGUAGUAUCCACCGAUCAGAAUAAAUCGAUCGUAAUGAGCACCUCACGUGCUGCCACCAUUACAAGCAUUAACGUAACCUCCACUACAGCGACUCCUGUGGCGAGUAUACUAAGUGCCACACUGUCACAGCCAUUAAUAAAAAGCAGUAGUCACAUGCCAUCAUCCAUCAGUACGCUAUUACAAAAUCAGCUGCAAAACGCAGCUUCAUUCCGUCGAUCGAAAUCCACCGAUGAGGCUCCGGCACAUGCGCACGGGCGUGAAACUGCGUCACAGAUAUUGAGCAAACGGCUCAGUCUGGAGGCUACCAAUGUCGUUAAAAGUGAACCAGUAGAUAGCGCUUCGGAUGAUACGAGUGUCAGCUCUACAUCGAAACCGGACACAUCUGGCAAUGGUAACACCAACAAUAGCAAUAGCAGCAGUGCUGGAUGUAAAUUCUCCACCAUGCCUUCCACUGCUGGGUCUGCCACUAAAUCUGAAGACUCACAGAAUGUGCUUCUAAAGCAACUGCUGCAAAACAGUGGAGGAUCAUCGAGCUCGUCGGUAUCAUCGCCGGCUCCAUCACCAAUAGGGCGCGCCGUUCCGAGUCUCAUAACAAGCCAGCGAGCGCCAAGUUUGGGUGUGGUUAGCUCGCUGGAAGCUCAGCUAGCGCGGCCCGUAAUACCACCGUCGGCAAAUCCUCCAGCGAUACAGAUUAUCAGUACCCAAGCGAUACCAGUGAUUGCUGCGACGAUCACCUCAAUUUCUUCACCCACAGUGUCUAGCGCGAGUUCAUCCACAGUUGUCACCGCGUUGUCGGCGAACCCUUCCACUAGUAUGUCCACCGGCACUACGACGGUGACAACGUCCACCAAUAGCAGCUCAAGUGUUGGCAGCAAUAGUUCCACCUCGAGCGAAACGACGAAAACGAAAUUAAUUUCAAGAGAAACUUCCUUCGUAUCGAAACCGGCCGCUACCGGGAUAUCGUCGAGCCAUCCGACUCCGAACCUAGCCGCCAACAUGCUUGCAGCAAGUAUUAAGAAGGAGGAGAUGAUGCAGGCAGCGGCGGCGGCAGCGGCAGCUGGUGGAUUCCCUGCCAGUGGAGUAGCCGUCCCAUCCACAGUUGCUCUUGGGGCGGUGAAAAUCGAAUCAGGAUCGAUCACUGUGACUCCGAUCCAAACGUCACAGCCCAGCACCGUUGCUGCGCAGCAAAUACAGCCAACAACAAAAUCUACUAUGGCACAGCAACAGCUGCAACAACAGCCAGCCAGCCAGCUGCAAGCCAAAGCUCCGGUGGUGUUGGUGAGCUCCGCAUCAAACAUCGGUGAGACAAACAUUACCAUCCUGAAGCGUGAUUCGGUGACUUCUCAACCACCCUCAACCGUUCCGCCGGUGCUGCAGACGGGCAUCAGUGUGACGGUCACACCGAAGAAUGUAACUACCGAGGAACAGAAACGGUUUGUGCCGAGUCCUGUACAACAAGUCGGAGAUACAACCAUUGUUCGAACGCCAACACCAACACCUUCUCCCGGUACGAUGCAACAAUCCUCAAAAAUGUCCGCUGUACCAUCAAGAUCUGACACACCAGUUGAAGUGAAGAAGGAACUGGAAUUAUCGUUAAGCAACAGUACUACAUCAGUAUCGUCCACCAUCACAACUGGCACAACCACCAGCUCUGUCACAGCAUCACCUUCCAACCCAAUGAUGGGACCACCGUCCGCCCCAACAGCAACGUCCCAAACAACACCACCAAUAAAAUCUCCAUUGCCCACCAGUAACGCUGAGAUGAUUGCGUCAACAAGCGUUUCACCAUCGACAGUCAGAACCACCGAAAGUGGUGCCUCACUGGUAUUGGGCACAGCCACCAUUAAAGAGGAACCAAUGGACAGUAUUUCUCCCGAACAGGCAGCUAAAAGGGCAGCCGAACUAGCGCUCGAACUAAAGAAGAAAAAACGUCGUGAGUAUCAGAAAAAUCGUCGCCAGAUGCAGAUUCAAUCGAACAAAGACAACCAGCACAAUCAGGCGAAGAAGAAGCCAAAAAAAUCCGUUAAGGUGGAGGAAGACUACGACACGUGCAUCGAUAACUUAAUGGGACAGCUGCGACAGUUACCGCCGAUGCAGAUACUGGAACCGCAGUUGCCUCGCAACUAUGGCGUCUGCUCAGUGUUCGGUACCGGUGAUCUGUCAAAGUUUACUAACCUGAAAGGUUAUACGAUUGCGUGCGGUGAUCUGACGGGAAGUUACGGCUGUGCACACAUCCCUUCCGUUGCCGACUUUUACAACACGAAACCGUUCGGCGUGCAGGAGCCACCACCGGAACCGACGCCGGUUUCGAUACAUCGUGGGUUCUACGAUCAGGAGUUUGCACCGAUCAAGUUCGAAGUGGAGGAACGGCAGCGGUAUGAGUUUGUGCGCGAUCGAGAGCUAGAUUCACCCGAUACGAUCAUCAGUACGUCGAGUCCGGAAUGUAUACGGUGGGAUUCCCCGAUCAGUUUCCCUGGUUUGCGCUUAAUCAAGGAGGAACCGACCGAAGACGAUCAAACGACCGUGUAUAGACAGAUGUCACCUGUGAUUCCAAUACUUGCACCGAUUCCUAUACGAUUGCGCAAGGGUAUUACGCUAUCAGCCGACUCGGUACGCGCCAAUGGGGCAGCGACGAAUAUCGCUGACAGCAAUAAGGAGAAUGAAGGUUUCAAAGAAACGUUGGGUAUCAAGUCACGCUUUGGACCGCCGACUCCGUUCAAAGAUACGAGCAAUGUAACGGUCACGCUGACACUAACCUCUUCAGCUGUGGAUGAUAUUUUCGGUGUGUUGCGUGAUCUGGCCAAUAUGUUAGAGAUUCCUCCUCCUACUACGUACCAAAUUGUGGAACGUACCGUAUCGCCGACAAGCCAAAAGCUUGGCCUAUAUCGUACAAAAGGCAGAGACGGUAAGGAAGGUACACCGAUCGAUAUUCAAACCAUCUUGAAUGGAUCGGCCCGAUUCUGUCGGCACUGUGAUGUGGUGAUACUGAACAACAUAAUCAUCUCAAAAGCCUCCGAAUUCCCACUGCUAGCUACGAACGGUGGUGAUAGUGGGGCGCAAGAUUUGGAAUCCGAGGAGCUGUACUUCUGCGAUGAACAGUGCUAUCGACAGUUUAAGUGCUGUCCAACCAACAUCUUGGACGAUGGUGGAAAAACUAUCGCACCAUCACCUCCCGGAGGUGAGGGUGUCGUCACGCUAAACCACCACAAACCAGACGCGAACGUGUCAAAGAAGGAGCUCUCCGGGAUUCCGGGAGUCAUUGACAUCAAGGAUGAUGUGGUUUAUAAUGUAGAAAUGGAUGAGGGUGAGAAAGACUCACAACUCGGUAGCGGAGAUCGUAAGAAGAAACAUCCCGACGAAGGUAUCGACCAAGACGUACAGUCCGGUGCACCACCACCCAAGCAAAUGAAGGGCGUCCGGUACAAAGUGUACACACCGAAUUGUUUCGGCGUGCAGCGCUACAAGAAACCGAGCGAAAAAGAAAUCACCGAAACGCUGUUCCGCAUGAGCAUCACGGUGACACCGUCGCCGAAGAUGCCGGACGAUACGCGUCGCUGCAUCUUCUGCCAUACGGUUGGUGACGGUGUAGCGGAUGGACCUUCGCGGCUGCUCAACUACGACGUAGACAAAUGGGUCCACCUUAACUGUGCGCUCUGGUCGGAUGGGGUGUACGAAACGGUGAACGGCGCCCUGAUGAACCUGGAAAACGCACUCCAACAAAGCUUAACGUCGGUGUGCGCGUUCUGCAACAAUCUGGGCGCAACGGUCAAGUGCUUCAAAACGCGCUGCGCCAACGUGUACCAUCUGAGCUGUGCGAUGAAGGAUAGCUGCGUCUUCUACAAGAACAAGUCCACCAUGUGCCAGACGCACGCACCAAAGACGGAAAAGGAUUCCGAGCUAACGACGCUCAGCGUGCAGCGUCGGGUGUACGUCGAACGGGACGAAAGCCGGCAGGUUGCGUCCGUAAUGCAUCACUCGGAAUCGAACAACUUGCUGCGCGUUGGUAGCUUGAUCUUCCUGAACGUUGGGCAACUGUUGCCGCAUCAGCUCCAGAGCUUCCAUACCCCGAACUACAUCUAUCCGAUCGGCUACAAAAUAAUUCGUUUCUACUGGUCGAUGCGCCGGCCAAAUAAGCGCUGUCGAUACAUCUGCUCCAUUGCAGACGUUUGCGGGCGUCCCGAAUUCCGCGUCUUGGUGCAGGAAACUGCCGAAGAGGAUAUAGAGCUGCGCGACGCAACACCGAAAGCCGUAUGGCAGCGUAUCCUCGAACCGAUGGCACAGCUCCGCAAGAACUGUCACAUUGUGCAGCUCUUCCCAAAGUACAUCUCGGGCGAAGAUUUGUUCGGCCUGACCGAACCGGCCGUCGUACGCAUACUGGAAAGUUUGCCCGGCAUCGAAACGCUCACCGACUACCGCUUCAAGUAUGGCCGCAAUCCACUGCUGGAACUACCGCUAGCGAUCAAUCCAUCUGGUGCGGCCCGUACCGAGCCGAAGCUGAAGCAUUCGUUGUCGUGGAAAAAGCCGCACACCCAGCGUACCGGUUCCGUGAGCCAGCGGCCCACGUUCGUGCCGACCAGUUCGCCGGCGGGCGAGGUUGCCUGUCCGUACAGCAAACAGUUUGUCCAUUCGAAGAGUUCCCAGUACAAGAAGAUGAAGCAAGAGUGGCGCAACAAUGUGUUUCUGGCGCGGUCAAAGAUCCAGGGGCUCGGACUGUACGCGGCGCGCGAUCUCGAGAAGCACACGAUGGUGAUCGAGUACAUCGGCGAAGUGAUCCGGACCGAGGUGUCCGAAUUGCGCGAGAAGCAGUACGAAGCGAGGAAUCGCGGAAUCUACAUGUUUCGGCUGGACGAGGAGCGUGUGGUCGAUGCAACACUUAGCGGCGGUUUGGCACGUUACAUCAACCACUCCUGCAACCCCAACUGCGUGACGGAAAUCGUCGAGGUUGAUCGCGAGUUGCGCAUCAUCAUCUUCGCCAAGAGACGCAUCAACCGCGGGGAGGAACUGUCCUAUGAUUACAAGUUCGAUAUCGAGGACGAUGCGCACAAGAUAUCGUGUAUGUGCGGUGCACCAAAUUGCAAGAAAUGGAUGAACUAA